UAAAGAUGCUUUUAAAUACGUUCUGGAGAAAAUAGUACCAUCGAUGAAAGUAGGGAAACGACCAACAAUUAUUUCUAAUGAAAUAAAGUUGGCAACUACGCUACGGUUUUUGGCACAAGGCUCAUACCAAGUUGGUGUUGGAAAUGAUUUCAAAUUGGCCUUAUCUCAACCCACCGUGUCCGCAAUAUUGGCUGAAAGACUUGAAGCUCUGGAGCAGGUAAUAUGCCCCCUGCUUAUAAGAUUCGAAAUGUCCGAGGAGGAGCAGACAGAAGUGAUAAUGCAUUUCUUCCAAAAGGCAGGGUUCCCCGGCGUAAUAGGUUGUGUGGAUGGAACGCAUAUUAAAAUUUCGGCGCCCACUAAGUUGGACCAAAAUCUGUAUUUUAACAGAAAAGGGUUUUUCAGCUUAAAUGCAAUAAUUAUUUGUGAUCAUAAAAUGAAAAUAAGGUACUUCGAUGCGCGAUAUGCAGGCUCAUCCCACGACUCCCUGAUAUGGAACAUUAGUUCUGCAAAACAGGUGUUACGUGAGCGGUACGAUUCUGGAGUGCGCAACGCUUGGCUAUUAGGCGAUGCAGGCUACCCUCUGGAACCGUAUUUAAUGACGCCCUAUAGAUCAACUUCAGAAGGAAGCGCUGAAUCCAUUUUUAACACCAAGCACGCAAAAACUAGAAACAUAAUAGAGAGAACCAUUGGAGUCUUCAAAAACCGAUUUCGCUGCUUACUCGGAGCUCGUCAGCUACAUUAUAAGUCGGAAAAAGCAAUGCAAAUCGCAAACGUUUGUGCUGCCUUACAUAAUCUUUGUAUUGACUUUAAUGUAGAGUCAUCAAGCUACGAUUCAUCAUCCGAAGCUGAAAAUGUUCAAGAUGGGUUUGAAAUUGAUGUAUCUGACGACUUGCAAAACAUGGAAGCUACGUAAAUAUGGCAACAAAUUAAA